AUGUCUCGUUUGAAAAUGAAAGUUAAGAGCACUACGAAAAAGACUAAUAAAGCACCUAGAUCAGUCACUGAAUCUAUGAAGGAGAGAUUCUUACAUUCCCUCGGCACAUCCGUUCAGCGCGUUCCAUUCGCUGUUACUCUCGUGUCGUUUCUCCUCACGUGUAGGAGCAACCCUCCAGAAGCUUCAAUGCUGGACACCACACAUGCUCCUUCCCAUCCUCACAGUAUUCGAGGACACCCUUCAGGCCGGCCACGCUCGUUGACAAUGCUAUACCACGACACAACCAAAUCUGCUUCGUCGAUAGUGACUUCAAGCACGGAUGUUCAGCAGAUGCCAGUCUCAGGUUGCCGCUAUCUGAGUGAUAUUGUUUCCCACCCACACCGACAGCGUAGACGUUUCGUUGCGUUGCGUCGCGGCGUGGCACCCUAUUUGCAGAUCAAGCAUCCAAGGGAAGCCGCGACGGACACGAAAAUCACAAGCCAAGUGGAUCAUUCCCCUGAUAUUCCCCACCUUAAAAGCGCGAUUAUCACCUCGUUCCCACGGCGUGUACCUGACCCAAUUUUGAUGUCUGAGAUUGAAUCUGCUGGUGGCGUGUUGCAGCUUUGCAAGCUUAAGCUUAACCUGCAGAGAGGGUCAUCGCAGGCUUUGUUCACUCUCCACCCGCUCUCGUUGGAGAUACAAAGGUUUUGGGUUGCACUGUGGGCGUGUCACAGCCCCACAAAUCGUUGCUUUCCCAGCUCGCAGUUGAAACAUUGUGGCUCCGGAGCUCUCUCCUCGGUUUUCAAUAUGGAGCGGAAGUUGCUGACUCUCGGUUUACUGCUGGUCGCGGCGUUCGCACUGGUGGAAGGAAAGGCUGAGCAAGUGCCGGCGCCUUCCGAAGCUUUCGAGGGUGCUCGGCGUCAGAAGGACAAUAGCUUUGAUUUCUUAUUCUUCGUGCAACAGUGGCCAGGAUCUUACUGCGACUCGAGACAGGGGUGCUGCUUCCCUGUGACUGGCGAACCAGGCCCUUACUUCGGCAUCCACGGCCUAUGGCCGAACCGCGACGAUGGCACUUACCCGGCCACAUGCAGCAACGAAGCAUUUGAUCCAAGCCUGCUUGCGGACGUGAUCGACAACUUGAACAAGAAUUGGGGAACCUUGGCUUGCAACUCAAAACGCGGCAACGAGGAUUUCUGGGAACACGAAUGGUCCAAGCACGGCACUUGUUCCGGCUUCACGCAGCGCGAAUACUUCCAGAAUUCCGUCGAUCUCUACAAUGACUAUGACAUCACAGGUGCCCUUCGGGAUGCAGGCAUUGUGCCGGACGAUCGCUUUUACUCGAUUGCCGAAAUCUCCAAGGCAUUUGCGAAUCUUCUUGGAUUUGCUCCUGAAAUUGAGUGCAACACAGAUCCCAAGGGAAAUAGACAACUCUAUCAAGUCUACAUUUGCGUUGCAAAGGAUGGAAAGACAUUGGUUGAAUGCCCUGCUUCCAUCCGCAAACCAUGCCAAGGCUCAGUCCAGUUCCCCGUGUUUGGCUCCAAUGACUCAGGUGACGUCAAACCUUCCGACACAGAAGUCAUUGCCGAUGAAUUAUUGGAUAUUUCACAAGCAUGAAGCCUUGGCUGACAUGGCUAUGGAAAUACUGAAAAACAAUCAAGGAAGUGUGAGGUGCUAUUGCGUGUUGCGUGACUUGAGGUUGUAUAAAGUUCUCCUCGACUCUUCAACCUGUGACUCUUACCUGUUUCCAG